AUGGGCGACUUUGAUCUUAACUCGACCUUUAUACCGGCCCUGUACAAACCGGCGGAUCUUCUUCCUAUCGCCAAGUAUCAGCGGGAAAUUCUGUACCUCGUGGAAACAUUUCCCGUCCUUGUCAUCGUUGGCCAGACCGGCUCGGGGAAGACAACACAGAUACCCCAGUUCCUCGAAAAGGCAGGAUGUUGCUCUGGUGGGAAGAGAAUUGGGAUUACCCAGCCCCGGCGGGUAGCAGCUAUUACUAUAGCCAUGAGGGUGGCCGAAGAAGUAGGCUGUGAAGUAGGAAAGGAAGUUGGAUACUCGGUCCGCUUCGAAGACGCAACGUCACCAUCAACCCGCAUUAAGUUCCUCACCGACGGGCUUCUCAUACGUGAGGCACUGAUGGAUCCCCUUUUGUCGGAAUAUUCCGUAAUUAUGGUCGAUGAAGCGCACGAGCGAUCUGUCAGUACCGACAUACUCCUUGGACUGCUGAAGAAGAUUUUGAAGCGCCGUCCGGACCUACGAGUGAUUGUCAGCAGUGCGACAAUACAAGCCAGAGAUUUUUUUGAUUUCUUCUCUACGCUGAAGCUUCCAGGAAAAUCAGACAGCGAAAAGACGAGCAGCGACAAGAAGGAAGAGGGGGCGGAGGGUGAGGAAAGCAAAGAUGAAGAGCAGGAAACUGUAGCUGCCUUGACGGUUGAGGGAAGAUCGUAUCCCAUUGACACUUUUUACCUCGAAUCUUCGACUGAGGAUUAUGUAAAAAGGGCGGUCGAGACUGUCAUCGAGAUCCAUGAGAAAGAACCCGAGGGAGAUAUAUUGGUCUUCCUUACGGGUCGAGAGGAGAUUGACGACGCGAUACAGGCUGUGGCUGAUCAUUUCGUCCAGAGUGGAGAUCAAGAACAGACCCUACUUCCGCUGCCUUUAUACGCAGGAUUGACGGCUGAGCAACAAAUGUCCGUCUUUGAGAAACCACCUGAAAAUACUCGCAAAGUCAUCUUCUCCACCAAUAUUGCGGAAGCUUCAGUUACCAUAGAUGGGAUUGUCUAUGUUGUAGACUGCGGCUUUGUCAAAAUAAGGGUCUACGAUCCAGACACGGGUAUCGACAGUCUCGUCGUCACUCCGGCUUCAAAGGCCUCAGCUGCACAGCGCGCGGGCCGAGCAGGUCGAACGAAACCUGGCAAAUGCUUCAGGCUCUACCCGGCCGAGAGUUACGAUGAACUACCUGAUGCGAAUCCUCCCGAGAUCCAACGAAGCAACCUUGCCCCGAUCAUUCUGCAACUAAAAGCCUUGGGAAUAGACAACGUACUCCGAUUCGAUUACUUGAGCCCACCACCAUCUCUACUCAUGAUCAAGGCUUUAGAGUUGCUCUAUUCUUUAGGCGCGCUGGACGAAUAUGCCAAGUUGACACGGCCUGUAGGCAUGAGGAUGGCCGAACUCGCAGUCGAGCCAAUGAUGGCCAAAGCUCUCCUCUCCGCUCCGACGUUCGGAUGCCUAAGUGAGAUGCUGACAAUAGCCGCCAUGACAAGUCUAGGCGGCAAUGUUUGGUUUUACACAGAUGCCGAGAGAAAAAAGAUGAAUGUCGCAAGGAGCAAGUUUGCAGUAGAUGAGGGAGAUCAUCUGACUCUCCUCAAUGCCUACAUAGCCUUUGUUACCGUGGGCCAGAAGCAGUCCAAAUUCUGUCAUGAGAACCAUCUUAACUUCAAAUCCAUGACCAAGGCUGUCAGCGUCCGGGCGCAGCUGAAGCGUUAUCUCGAGCAGUUAGGCGUGCCCCUCGAAGAGCCGCCAUCCGGUAUUCGACUCGAUAAGGGACGCGACUUCGCCAAGGCGGCGGAGCAGAUUCGACGAUGUCUGACCACCGGAUUCUUCGCUCAUGCGGCGAGAAUGCAGCCGGAUGGGACAUUUCAGACAGUGGGGAGUACGAUGGUGCUCCAUGCUCACCCGAGCUCUGUUAUGUUCACGCGACAGGCGGAUUGGGUUAUUUUCCAAGAAAUUAUGGAAACGUCGACGAAGAUCUUUAUCAGAGAUAUUACCAAAAUCGAAAAGGCGUGGCUCACAGAGUAUGCGCCGGACUACUAUCAGAUCAAGGAUACCAGCUUCCCAAGAGGUUGA